AUGGCGUGGGAGAGGCCGCCGGGCAGGCGCUGCGGUGCCCGGCGCCGCUGUCUGCUGGGCGCCGCUCUGCUGCUCGGCCUGCGGCUCUGCGCGGAGCUGCGGCGCGCCGGGCCCCAGCCCCCGGCCCGCGGCGCCCUGCGGGGCCCGGCCCUCCGCCCGCCCGCGCCCCACCUGCCGCCCGCGCCCGGCCAGCGGCGCGGCGCCAGCCGGAGGCAGGUGACCUACGUGCGCAGCGGGCGCCGAGCGCCGCCCGGGGGCGGCGGGAGCCGGACUCCGGAGCCAGGCUGCUGCCCCCCGCGCGCGCGUCCCCGCCGGAAGGGUCCCCGGUGGCAUAUAGAACUCCAGCCUUGGGCAGGUCCUGCUCGGUCCCUUGAUGAAGAAGCCUUGAGGUUCCUCAGAUACAUCAGCACCAUUCAGAUUGCAUGUGAUCACAUGAGCACAGACAGCCUGGCUACUGAUUCCAGCCCUUCAAAAAAGCCCUGGUCAGUCUGUCUCGAUGACAGGUUUGGCUUAGCUCUUCAAAUGCACAACAAGCAGUGCCGCCUCUAUUCUUUAGGGCUGGGGAGUGAUGAUACCCAUUUUGAGGUCGGCAUGGCCAACGAUGGAUGUGAGGUGCAUCGUUUUGAUCCUAGUGUUAAAUCAGCUCAUGUUCUGGAGAGUGAGCGUCUUUGGUAUCACCGCUUGUCCAUUGACUGGCGGGACCCCCAUCCAGCUGUUGCUGCCCAAAAAGCGUAUAGCAACACCAGAAAACUGGGAACCAUUUUGAAUGAAUUUGGGCAUCACAAGAUUGAUGUUCUCAAAGCAGAUCUGGAAAGCGCAGAAUGGAAAGUUUUGGAAAAUCUUAUUCUGGAAGAUGUUCUUGAACAAAUUGGACAGCUCAUCUUUGAGAUCCAUCUCCACUGGCCCGGGUUUGAGGUCAGUGGCAAUGACAGCAGUGUUGUGCGCUUCUGGUACAGCCUCCUCAAAGAGUUAGAACUACAGGAUUUCAGGCUUUUUCACAGUUACAAAGCUUUAUCUAAACCUCAGCUAUUCCUAAAAAAAAAUAUUUUCAAUGCGAGUAGCUGUUAUACUCUGAGUUGGGUGAAUACAAGAUGGAAAUAGGAUGCAGGAUCUCAUCAAGAACUGAAGGAAAUAUUUGCAGCAUGGAGCAUGUCCAUGAUUCUAGUUAUUGGUUUUCUUGUCCAGUCUCCCACUAGCCUGUGACCUGCUUGAGGUGGGGAUUGUGUUAUUGCCUUUGUAGUACAUGUGGCCUGGUACCUGGCACAUGGUAGGGGAACAGUUACCACUUGGUGAGGGGAUGGACACAGGAGUGUCACAGCAGUCAACCUCCAUCUGCCCAAACCCGGGCUCUUUGCCUGUUUGCCUCUGACAGAGUGGGGUUGCUUGUCUUCCUUCAUUUCAACUUGGAAAGAUAAUCCCUCACUUCUCUCAGUUUUCUCUAAAAUUAAUUAUGUAUCUAUAAUCCAUGAAUUUACCACCAUGACAAAGAAAUUAUAUAACAUUUCUAUUUUUACUGGGUUGAUGAGAUCCUUAAGUGUGUGGCCUACUCUUUAAAAUAGGAUCUUUCAUUUGAUGUUAAUUCACCUUUUUCAAGGAUUUUCCUAUUCACUGUGUCAAUAACAUUCUUUACAGCCUUGUAGAUUUCAAUCAUUCCUCUUCAGCCUUUGCUGAGGCCAUGCUGUGACUUUAGAAGAACCACUGAUACUGGUUUCUGGGAACUCAGACACACCAAAUUCUGUAACUGAGUUAAAAAGAUUAGAGUAUCAAGUUCUUCAACUCAGGAUUCUUUUCAUGCUCAGCCUUAAAUCCUCUCUGUUCCUAUGAAACUAAACACAAAGCAGAAUUUGGGUGUCUUCAAACUUGAUUUCUCAACCACACACUUGCCUAUGGUAUCAAAUUUUUUUUUUUUUUUAAAUACAUUAUCUCCAAGAUUAAGUGAGUUUUUCCUUGCUGCCAGUUGGCUUUCAUUGUAAGCCUGUGGACUGAGAGCUGGAGUCUCUCUCUUUCCUAGGACGGAUACAGUGUGUUUUGAUAAUACCAAUUCUUUUUUAUAUAUUUUUUAAUUAAGCAGAAAAUGCACGUUCUCAAUAGUUCAAAUGAUCUCUAUCAUUUCUAUUUACAGGAUUAGACAUUUACCCCUACAAAUGAUUUUCAAAAAUCCUACUUCAAAUAAAUUAAUUAAAUAGUAUAAAGAUAAAUCAAAUUAUUACCUUAUUAUAAAUUAAGCACAUCUUCUGGCAUUUUUUUUAUAUCCUGAGAGAACAGGAAUACAUACAUUGUUCAUUUAAGAAAUUUUGGGAGAGAAUAGAAUACCGAUUACUGCUAGACUUUGAUUUCUUAUCCCCAUUGUUUUACUUCCUCCCACCCCAGACAUUCCCUGGGUUGGCUUUUUGCUUUUUGCAGUGGUUUGAAAAUAUCAUUCCUCAGGUGAGAAACCAAAAUACAGUAGAGUUACAUCAUUUUAUUAACUUGGGUUUAAAAGGGAAAUAAGACUUUCUGAAUUACUGGUGAUGAUUUUUUAAAAUACAAAUGAAGUUUUUUAUAUAAAAUUUAUAGUACACUAAUAAAAGUCAUUGAGAUGAGAGGAACAGCUUGAAUAAGUUUGAUUUGAAAUAGAAGUUUAGUUGCUUUCAAUGUCCAUAGGUAUUUCAAAAGUAGAAGAAUUCCACAAAACUCUAAAGUGAUUUUAUACUGUUAGUUUGCAUGGUGUAGCCUCCGAAACAACUUUAGUCCUGUUUCUGUUUGGAUUAUAUCACAGAUUAUCUUUCAUUUUUUAAUAAAAAUUUUAUACACUAAAGUAAACAUUAGAUCUUUUUAUACAUUAGAUCUUUUAACCUUUGUUACACUAAUCUUAAGUGUCUAGUUUGAUUAGGUUUUGAAGUAGUCACACUCUACCAAGAUUUCUAAUUCAUGGGAUUGAAGAUGAAUGGCAUUACUGAAGGCCCUCUUUGUAUAGGGCAAGUUACCGUUUAUUCCAGAUUGGUGGUGCAGAACAUUGACUUCAUCACACUAUAUAUAUCUGAAGCAAGAAUGGAUGUACUGUUGAGAAAAAAAUAAAGACAAACUCAAAAUAAAUCACAAACACACCCACCCACACCCACCUACUAGGCAGCCUGUUCAAUAGUUAUUUGUACUUAUUUUAUGCUUUUUUCUAAGACUGUCCUUCAUUCCCUUCGUGGAUAGUUUGAAAUUUGUGAUGAAUAAUCUGACUGUUGCUAUGGUUUCCCUGCCUCUAGAAUUAUUAUGCUUGUUGUGUGGGCCAGGGUCUCUUAACCUCAGCAUGAUUUCCAUUUUGGGCUGGAUAAUUCUUUGUUGGGGGAGGGAGGGCCAUUCUGUGCGUCGUAGAUGUUUAGCAACAUCCCUGGCCAUCCCCCUGGAUUCCAGGAGCACCACAAAAACAACACAAAUAAGAUACAAAAAACAAACAAACAACAUCAAGAGGUGCUAUUUACUGAGAGCUUACUAUGUGCCCAGUACUGUGCGUAGACUAUUCCUAAUUUUCCAAAAAAUCCUGUGAGGAAGUGUAACUUUCCCAAUUAUACAGGUAAGGAAAUUUUGAGAUGUUAAAUAACAUUCAGAUUGUUCAAAUGGUGGAGCAGGAAUCCACAUCUCAGCCUGUCAGAUCCCAAAGCCCAUGCAGGUCCCCUCUACAGAGCUGCUUCAAUAGC